CAAACAUGUCGAAAGAGCUAUACCCUACCGGUACAAAUGGCUCCAUCUGCAGUCAAAAAAACGGCUGUGUCGAGACCAUUGAAGAACCAGAAGGCUACAAUGCAAAGCAGACAAAGAUGCUGCUUCGUAAGAUGGACAAGGCGCUGCUCCCCUUCCUUGCCUUACUCUAUCUCCUCUCAUUCCUAGACCGCGCCAACAUUGGUAAUGCUAGGCUCGCUGGAUUGGAGACAUCGCUUGGGAUGAAUGGCAAGUAUGACUACAGCAUUGCCGUGUCCAUAUUCUUCCCGUUUUAUGUCGCCGCUGAGAUUCCGUCCAACAUUGCCAUGAAGAGAUUCAGACCUUCCGUUUGGAUCCCGUGCAUUAUGCUUGCCUGGGGCUUCUGCACAGUCAUGCUCGGUGUUGUCAAGAACUUUAUGGGCCUGCUUAUCGUUCGAUGCUUCCUUGGUCUUGCUGAAGGUGGCCUCUUUCCAGGCAUCACCUACUACAUCACAAUGUGGUACCGACGUCACGAAUGUGGCCUCCGCAUGGCAAUCUUUUUCUCUGCUGCCACCGCGGCUGGCGCCUUUGGCGGCCUACUCGCCCGAGGUAUUAUGCUAAUGGACAAUGUCGGCGGUCUUCGCGGCUGGAACUGGAUUUUCAUUCUCGAAGGCAUCGCUACAUUCCUCGUGGCAAUCAUUGCCUUUUGGGCCAUGCACGACUACCCUAGCACCGCACGAUUCUUGACCUGUGAAGAAAAGGAGGAAGUCACUCGCCGUCUAAAGCAGGAUCGCGCUGUGCUUUCGGACCAGUUCAAGAAGCAGUUUAUUUGGGAUGCGUUCAAGGACUGGAAAAUUUGGGUGCACAUGUUCAUCACCAUUGGCAUUUAUACGCCGCUGUACUCCGUCUCAAUCUUCCUUCCCACAAUCGUCAAGGGCCUGGGCUACAGUAAUGAGAUUGCCCAGCUUAUGACGAUUCCUCCUUACGUUGUUGCCUGUCUUUUUACUGUUGCGGGAGGUUACUUUGCCGACAAGCACGGCAAGCGAGGAAUCUACAUGAUUGGAUUCUGCAUCCUAAGGUAUGUAAUUACCACUGGUGCGAAUAGUCUUAUUGACGCUUCUCCCCAGCAUCAUCGGGUUUGCCUUACUAGCGGGCGUUGAAAAUAACGCUGUGAAAUACUUUGCCUGUAUCGCCGUAGCAAGCGGCAUAUACCCCAACGUCCCGCAAGGUGUCGCAUGGAAUGGCAACAACAUCGGCGGCUCUCUCAAACGCGGUGUUGGCAUCGCCAUGCACGUGGGAUUCGGUAACCUCGGCGGUGCUGUCGCCGGAUUUGUCUUUCGUACAGACGACGGCCCUCGCUAUUUGUCCGGCCACCUGAUUCUUAUCGGUUGCGUGUCUAUGAGCUGCGUCCUUAGCAUUCUGAUGGGCAUCUACCUUCGUCGGGAGAAUGCCCGUCGCGACGAGAAGUACAAGGAUCCGACCGAGUAUACGUUGGAAGAGAAGAUGCUGGAGACGGAAAAGGGUGAUAACGCCAGCUUUUUUAGGUACACAGUAUAGAGCCGGACAGGCCGGUUCUCUCAUCGGCUUGACCGGCCUGGUCCAACAAUCGCAGUGUGCUUCGCAGAAUACGAAAGAAUAUAAACC